AUGACAAUAGAACCUCAAUUGGCUACAGAGGACAGCACCAGUGAUGAAGAGAAAUUCAAAACAAGAGAUGGAGAAAAAGAUGAUAUCACAAGUGACAUGCUAGUAGACACUUUGGAAGAAUCAAUCAGGAUGAUUUGUCGUUUCAUUAGAGCUGAUAAAGAUGCAUCUAGCUUGAUCCAUAAAGGUCCUAGAGAAACUCAAGUAAAGCUCCAAGAUCCUGCAGAUUCAGAAUUCCUUAUGGAGAUUCAAGCAGAACUUCGAAAGAAGGAAAAGAGACUUAAUGAAUUCUUGAAGAGCAGAAGUAGCAUACUGAAGAAGUUCCAAAAGCAUGAGGAAGGUGGUAGAGAUCAUUUUCUUUACCUUUUCCCUCGAGGAGACAUGAAAUUGAUUUGGAGAGUGUUGAACAUGUCGAAAAUAACAAGGGAUCAACUAGCAUGGUGUCGUAAUAAACUAAAUAAUAUCAACUUUGUAAACAGAAGGAUACAUAUAGAACCAUCUUUCUUACUUUUUCCUUGUCAAUAAUUAUUUGCUAGUUUUUUUUUCUUUUUCUUUUUGUAUAUAUGUUGCUUCACAUAUAGAAGGCCAUUGUGCAUGCAGACAAAGUUUUAUUUAAGCAUAAUUUAUGAUGAAUUAGAAUCAGAAUAAGGUAUGAUUCUUAUGUAAAUAAAGAAACCAUCUUCAUGUUUUGAGACAGUCUAAUAAAAUGCGUGUAGAGUUUUGUUUA